AUGAGAUCUAAAAAAAAUUAUGGUCUUUAUAAGUUUGCAAUGGCAUUAAGUAAAGCAGCAAGAUCCUUUAUGGGAGUUGUACUAAAUUAUGCAAAAAGGAAGAAGCAGAGGAAUGAAGAGACUUCUCCAUUUGCUAUCAGGUAUAGAGCUUUCAGAGAUUUGAUCAAUAAUAUUAAUUCUGGAAGUCAAGAUGGUGAGUUUUUCUCAAUUUGGUGUGUAGAUUGGGAUUCAAUCAUCAUUGGAGAAGAUAAUAUAAAACAUGGGAAGCCUUCUACUUUAUCUUUUAUGUUAUUGAAUACAUACAAAAGUGAUUUACCCCCAUUAAAAGUAGAUAUAAAGUUAUAUUCGAUUGGUAUGGUAAGAUUUAUUGUGAAUGAAACUGACCAAUUUAUCAAGUUGGAUAGAUUUCAGUUACCAUAUAACGAUAUUAUUAAAGAUAAAUUUUUGGAUGCUCAUUAUUUAAUUAAGAGCAAGGACAAAUUAAAGAUAAAUACAGCAAAAGAUGAAAAUUCGAUUUCAAUUGAAUUUGAAAUUGUAAAUCUUUCCACAAAUAAUGAUUUAGAUGCCGAGCCGGAAAAAAUCAUAAGUGGGAAUAUGGAUAGAGUUCAACAAAAAACUUCAAAAAAAGUAUUUAAGUUAGUAUUAACGUGUAAUCACUUUAAAGUUGAGACUUUUGUAGAUGAUUGUUUAAUACAUUCCAUUAAUCCAAAUGGUAAUUUUAAUUUUGAGAGAGUUAGGCCUUUCGUUUCAAAAUCUCACCCAAAUAUUAAAAGGAAAGAUUUAAUGAAAAUUGCAAAUGCAAAAAAAGCUUCACAAAUUGAUGAGGAAGUGAGCAAAAUUUAUGACUCCAUUGAAAAGAAGAUUGGUAUUACAAACUACUUUGAGGAGAUAUCCAGUUUACUAAAGGAAAGAAGGUAUCACAAGAAAGGAUGGGGAGCUUUUGAGUCAAAACUUAAAGAGUCCUACGGAAAUGAAUAUGUUAAUGGUGGAAAUAUUAUGGAAAUCAUUGAUUCCUAUGAUGUUUAUAGCAAGAAUUCUUGGCAUGAUAUAUACGAUAGGUACCCAGAUUAUAAGAUCUAUGGACCAACUUGUAUUGGAACUGACAUUCAAAUUCAUAACACAAGCAACAUAUAUGGUGCAUCUGAGCAUUCUACAGAAAUUAACCUACCAGAAUACCCUAGUUCAUAUAGAUUUUAUAACUUGGAUGUAUUUACUUACAAAAAUGACAGACCAGAUGCAUUAUAUGGUUCCAUCCCACUUGUGUUAAGCGUUCACAAUAAUGAAGAUAACUCAUUUAUUUCCGGAAUCUUGUGGUUAAAUCCCUCAGAUACUUUUAUGGAUAUUAAAAGAAAAUUGAAUAAAAUUGAUACUUGGUGGGUAUCUGAAACUGGUAUAAUGGAUUUUGUUCUUAUGGUUUCUGACAACUUUGAUUCUUUUUAUUAUAAUUAUCAUAUACUUACUGGGUUCCCUACUCUGACUCCAAGAUUUGCUCUUGGAAAGCACCAAUCAAGGUGGUUUAAUUGCAAAGAUUCAGAUGUACUUGAUCUAUCAUCGUCAUUUGAAAAGAGCAAGAUUCCCUUAGACUCCAUUUGGUUGGAUAUUGAACACUUGAACAAAAGAAAGUGCUUUACUUGGAAUCCUGAUCAUUUUAAAGAUGUUUCGGAAAUGCUUGGAGAGCUAGAUAUUAAGGGUAGAAAUUUAAUAGUUAUAGCAGAUCCCCAUAUUAGCAUUGAUGAAAGCUAUCAUGUAUACAAUAAACUGCAAAAUCAGUCCAGCUUACCCAAUACUAUCAUUGAAGAUGGUAAUAAAAUUCUUAUAAACCAAUCUGAAACAUUAUCUAAUUCUUGGAUUAGGAUCAGAAAUCGUCAGGAGUGGGAAGAUUUUGUUGGGGUUUGUUGGCCUGGAAAAGUUAAAUACCCAGAUUUUUUGAACCCAAGUAUUAGGGAUAUAUAUUCCACAUUUUAUACUAACAAGCACUACCCAAUAAUGAGUUAUUCAAACAUUGGAUUUUGGAUUGAUAUGAACGAACCCUCAGUGUUUUCAUCCUCUGAGUUAACUUUGCCAAAACACUCUUUCCAUUAUAAUGACAUAGAACACAGACAAGUCCAUAACUUAUAUGGCUAUUACCACUUAAAGUCAACAUUUAAUGGACUUCUGACCUCUGCAACACAAAGAAUUCUGUCUCUUGACAAUAUUUCAAAUACAAAUGAAAUAGUUUCUUCUUUUCAUGGGAGUCAUUCAGCAAUAGAUAAGGCUUUAGCCACUGAAAAUAAGAGAUUGAAUGAAAGAUUGAGACAUGAUAGGUCUAUUUUAGAGCUAAUUUCUUCAGGGAGAAAGAUUGUAAAUCCAGAUAAUUUACUAGACUUGGGAAAUACCAUCAAGAAUAUACAACGUCCAUUCAUUUUGACUAGAUCAUUUUAUAUUGGUUCUCAUUGUUAUGGUUUCACUUGGACCGGAGAUAACAAAGCUGACUAUGAUUCAUUUUCUUCAGUUAUAUCAAUGAAUGUCUCAAACUCUGUUUGUGGAUUAUCAUACACAGGUUCAGAUGUUGGAGGGUUUUAUGGCCAUCCAUGCAAAUGUUUGUUUUUGAACUGGCAUAAACUUUCAAUCUGGAUGCCAUUUUACAGAGUUCACUCACAUAUUGAUUCACCUAAAAGGGAGCCUUGGGAAUUUGGACCUGAGAUACUCAAAUAUAUCAGAAAGCUAAUAAUCAUAAGGUACGAAUUGCUUUCUUUUUGGUAUACAAUUUCCUCAAUAUAUUCAUUCCAAGGCAAACCAAUGCUACAACCAUUAAACUGGCUAUUGUUUGAAUUCAAAAACCACGAUUUAAUAGGUAAAAAUGAAUCAAUUUUAAAGAUUUGUGAAUGCCAAUCUUUUGUCUUGGGGGGUACCUUUUUAAUAUAUAACACUCUACAAAACCAGUGUAUUUGUAAAAACAAUAUUAAUGGUACAAAUUACAAUGAUUAUAAUAAUGGAGACUACAAAGUAAAAAAUAAAGACCAUAACCGUAUGGAUGGAUCUAAUGCUUUCAUGUCCCUUAAUAUAUUACUGCCUUAUAAGUCAAAAAGAAGGAACUACAAGUAUUCCUGUUCUUGUAAUGAUGACAAGUACAGAAUAUGUAAGUACAAUGAUAAAACAUUGUGGUACGAAUACAAUUCCUAUAACUAUUUUGUAUUGAGUAAUAGUAAUUACAUUUAUGAGUAUCUACUAAAUAAAGAAACUCCUUUUCCAUGCUUUGUAAAAGAAGCGUCUAUUAUUCCCUACCAAAGUGGAGAUGUAUUAUCUUCAGCUCAACAAUUACAGAUUACCACAAGACUUAAAGUUUACUUGGAAUUAAUUAAUACCUGUGGUGAUUACAAUCUUGAUGAACAACAAAAAAUGCCAAUAAAGUGUACAAAUAAAGAAACUAAUUCUGGUAAUGAAAAGAUUAUUUUAGCUAAGGGAAACCUAUUUUUGGACGAUGGAGUUUCUUACAACUAUUUAACAGGAGAAUACUUAAUGAAUACUUUCUAUUUUGUGAAGAAUGAAAAAACUAGAAAUAAUAGCUUAAUACUUUCCGACUCAGACAGCUCUAGGCCAGAUCUUGAUUUGGAUUCAGGCUUUGAUGCAUCCUCGGUUUCAUUGUCAUCGUCAUCCACCUUAAUGGCCAAUAUAAUGCUUAAGUCUCCUCCAAUGACUCCAAGCUCUGUAUUUUCUUCAAUCUCGUCCUCUUCAUUUUACUCCUCAAUGACUUCUCACUCAGAAAAUGCAACAGUGAUAACUUCUGUAACUGAGUCCUCGAUUAUUUCCAAUUCAAAACAUAUUUACGAAAUAUAUUGUGUUCACAAAAGCAUUCAAGUUUACAGUGCAAUAGCAAACCAGAUAAUAAAAAUCCCCACUAACUACGAGGCAAUCAAGAACAAUUGGAUUUACCGAAAUGAUAUUUAUUUGGAAACUAUAAGCGUCUUCGGAAUAAUCCACAAACCCAAAAUUAUUCUACUUAGCAUAAACAGUGAUAUUACAAGUGAAAGUAACAUUAAUUCUACUAACAGAGUAAUUAAAAAGUUAGAUUUCACUCUUGUAAAUUUGGAAAAUGUUAACAAAAGCGAGUCCAACAACCUAGAGCUUUAUAACAUUGAAAUAAAUAUCGCAAAGCUCGUAAAUCUUAUUAAUAAUAAUUGGAAAAUAUCUAUUUAUGUUUAA